GGGGAGAUGUGGUGGUGGUAAACAUUGUGUACUUUUAACCGUGUAUGAUUUUUUAAAUGUAUUCUAUAGUCUUAGAAUUUGCUUCGGCAAAUUAUGAUUAAUUUUAUUAAGACCUCAUUCUUGGAAAAUUCACAUUUCCGGAGGGUGAAGCAAUGCAGCGAAAGUUUAAAAACCCUCCCUUCAAUAAGGAGAAGCAUUCCUAACAGGCGACAGAAAUUCGACUCUGCACAACAUAAAAUACAAUAAAAACGCGAGAAAAAUGAACGGAAAAGUUUUAGUGGUGUUAAGCGUUCUUGCAUAUCGUGCAGUAUUUGGCAAUGCAUUGGAAUUGGCGAUUCGGUGCAAAUGCCCUAAUACAAUUUCGGACUUCAUCCCUAUCGGGAAAAUAGCCCAUGUCAAAAUUCACCCUGAAGGUCCGCAUUGUGGCGCCGUUGAAGUCAUUGCGCUUCUGCACACAGGUCACGAGGUCUGUUUAGACCCUGAAGCUAGGUGGGUGAAGAGAAUCAUUAAAAGGUAUCAGCAGAGUGAAACGGGGAACAACUGAGGACCACCUACUCUACAUGCAUUUUCAAGGCCAGGAAGAAAAGGUCCUGCAUAUAAGAGCAUAUACUGUAUUUUUAAUCCCGAGUUCUUAUCCAUUCCUGUUAAAAGCAGUGAACUGCUAAGGGCUGAGCUAAGGAAAUGUACUCUUUUAGUGGCUUCAGCUGCUGCUGUAAUGUGAGAUGAAGAGGACUUGUCAUAACGUGAUUAAUAAUUCUGAAAGUGUGGCAGUUAAUUUAUGGUGAUCUAGUUGCUCAGAAUUGGUCGAAUUAGUUGACUGUCAUAUUACAACGCUUUUCUGUAUGAUUAACCCAUCGUUGACUAACUUGUUUGUGUGUUUGUAAUGUACUAUAAACUGUAUAUCUGUUUUGCAUAGUGUACUGGCGUUUCAUGAGCUGUGGAGCCUUAAACGGGUAAUUCUGUACUUUCUAUUGCAGAGGAUAAGUGUUUUGCAUAAAAAUGUGACAAUUGUUACCUGUAACUCAAGGGUAUUUCUUAUUGUAUUGUUUCUAAAUGACUCACCAGCAGGAAAGAUUGUUGUGAUGGUACUUUCAUUGGGUAUUUUUAUGACUUUUUUGAGACAGCAUUAUUUUGCAGUGUUAUGUAAUGCGACCUGUAGCUUGUUUGUGAUCAAAUGACACGGAUGAAUAAAAAAAUGAUUUGACUAA